AGAAUGGAAUGAGUCAGUGUGAGGAGGCAGGUAGCACAUGUUCCUCCGGCUUGGGUGAUGAAUGAAAAGUGGAGUCAUUCUUCGGUUUGGGGCGAGAUGAGUCAAAUGCCCCAAGUUGUUCCUAGUUUAAAGGGAAUUCCAUAAGAUCCUCCUAGAUCCGUGGAAUAGGCGAACAGUUCCCCAUAGUUUGAAGGGAAGGGAAGGCGGUGCCACUGGGCUCUGGGGAGAAGAGGAAUAGCCUCCUUUUCAGCCUGGAAGAGCUGGGCCGGUCCCGGCCUUGAGGUUUCUGGGUACGUUGAGGGCACCGUUGUCCAUUAAAGCGUUUCUGGGUGUGCCCAGUGCGCGUGCGCAGCCGUGGUCUGGGAGUGGGCCGGUAGGGGGGUCCCAGGUUUUGGAGAUCGUGUUAGAAGGCAGCGGCGCACCGCCCCCCUGCGGUUUUCUCAGCGUGGCGGGACCCGCAGCCCGAGCACCUGGGGCGGGUGGCCUGCUGCUGGGCGGUGUUCUGCUGUAGCCGCGCUUGUCUCUGCUUCCCGAGACCCCCGUCUUUCUCGCUGCUCCGGGACCCGGUGUCUGGUCACCUUUCUGAAUCCGGAGGAGAGGCGGUUUAGGAGAGCACACUCGAAAGAGUGGGUUUCAGGACUCGAGGGGGAAGGAGGGCUAUGCUGGGGAAUUUCCGGAGAUGAGGUUAACCUAAAGGAGAUGGAGGAGGGGAUCCCAACUGCUAGAAUCCUGGGCAGGGUCUGGGGGUCCGGACCUGGCCUGGGGGUAUCGGAGCCCGGAUUGGGGGGAGUGAGCCCCACGUGCCUGUGACGCGGGGGCGCCGGGUAGGCGGCGGUAGCGGCGGCGGCGGCGGCGGCAGCGACGCGAGGCCGGCGGCCGUGCAGUGCCCGGAGGACAGAGAGAUGCUGCGCGCCGCACUCCUUCUUCUGCCCGGGUUGCCCCUGGCGGGGGCGGGGGCCACAGAAGAACCCACCCAGGAGUCGGGGCGGUUGGGUGAGCCUCCUCCGGGCUUGGCGCUCUUCCGCUGGCAGUGGCACGAGGUGGAGGCUCCCUACCUGGUGGCCCUGUGGAUCCUGGUGGCCAGCUUGGCCAAAAUCGUGUUCCACCUGUCUCGGAAGGUCACCUCUCUGGUCCCUGAGAGCUGCCUGCUGAUCUUGCUGGGCCUGGUGCUAGGGGGCAUUGUCUUAGCUGUGGCCAAGAAGGCUGAGUACCAGCUGGAGCCUGGGACCUUCUUCCUUUUCCUGCUCCCUCCCAUCGUGCUAGACUCAGGCUAUUUCAUGCCCAGCCGGCUGUUUUUUGACAACCUGGGCGCCAUCCUCACCUACGCCGUGGUGGGCACGCUCUGGAAUGCCUUCACGACAGGCGUUGCCCUCUGGGGCCUGCAGCAGGCUGGACUUGUGGCUCCUAAGGUACAGGCUGGCCUGCUGGAUUUCUUGCUGUUUGGAAGCCUCAUCUCAGCGGUGGACCCUGUGGCCGUGUUGGCUGUCUUUGAGGAGGUGCACGUCAACGAGACACUCUUUAUCAUCGUCUUCGGCGAGUCUCUGCUCAAUGAUGCAGUAACUGUGGUGCUGUACAAGGUCUGCAACUCCUUUGUGGAGAUGGGCUCUGCCAACGUGCAGGCCACUGACUACCUGAAGGGAGUCGCCUCCCUGUUUGUGGUCAGUCUGGGCGGGGCAGCCGUGGGCUUAGUCUUUGCCUUCCUCCUGGCCCUGACCACACGCUUCACCAAGCGGGUCCGCAUCAUCGAGCCGCUGCUGGUCUUCCUCCUCGCCUACGCAGCCUACCUCACUGCUGAAAUGGCCUCCUUGUCCGCCAUUCUUGCGGUGACCAUGUGUGGCCUGGGGUGUAAGAAAUACGUGGAGGCCAACAUCUCCCAUAAGUCACGCACCGCUGUCAAGUACACGAUGAAAACGCUUGCCAGCUGUGCCGAGACGGUCAUCUUCAUGCUGCUUGGCAUCUCAGCCGUGGACUCUUCCAAGUGGGCCUGGGACUCCGGGCUGGUGCUGGGCACCCUCUUCUUCAUCCUGUUCUUCCGAGCCCUCGGCGUAGUCUUGCAGACGUGGGUGCUGAAUCAGUUCCGGCUGGUCCCUCUGGACAAGAUUGACCAGGUGGUGAUGUCCUAUGGGGGCCUUCGGGGGGCUGUGGCCUUUGCUCUCGUCAUCCUACUGGACAGGACCAAGGUCCCUGCCAAGGACUACUUUGUGGCCACCACUAUUGUGGUGGUCUUCUUCACAGUCAUCGUGCAGGGUUUGACCAUCAAGCCACUAGUCAAGUGGCUGAGGGUGAAGAGGAGUGAUUACCACAAACCCACCUUGAACCAGGAGCUCCACGAGCACACUUUUGACCACAUUCUGGCUGCAGUGGAGGACGUUGUGGGGCACCAUGGCUACCACUACUGGAGGGACAGGUGGGAACAGUUUGACAAGAAGUACCUGAGUCAGCUCUUGAUGCGGCGGUCAGCCUAUCGUAUCCGAGACCAGAUCUGGGAUGUGUACUACAGACUCAACAUCCGGGACGCCAUCAGCUUUGUGGACCAGGGAGGCCACGUCUUGUCCUCCACGGGGCUCACUCUGCCCUCUAUGCCUAGCAGAAACUCUGUGGCAGAGACCUCUGUCACCAACCUGUUGAGGGAGAGCGGCAGCGGAGCGUGUCUGGAUCUGCAGGUGAUUGACACGGUGCGCAGCGGCCGAGACCGGGAAGACGCUGUGAUGCAUCAUCUGCUCUGCGGAGGCCUCUACAAGCCACGGCGCAGGUACAAAGCUAGCUGCGGCCGCCACUUCAUCUCAGAGGACGCCCAGGAGCGACAGGACAAGGAGGUCUUCCAGCAGAACAUGAAGCGACGGCUCGAGUCCUUUAAGUCCACCAAGCAUAACAUCUGUUUCACCAAGAGCAAACCUCGACCCCGUAAGACGGGCCAUAAGAAGAAGGAUGGUGUGGCUAAUCCCGAAGCUACCAAUGGGAAGCCUCCUCGAGACCUGGGCUUUCAGGAUACAGCUGCUGUGAUACUAACUGUGGAGUCUGAGGAGGAGGAAGAAAGCGACAGUUCAGAGACAGAGAAAGAGGACGAUGAAGGAAUCAUCUUCGUGGCUCGGGCCACCAGUGAGGUUCUCCAAGAAGGCAAGGUCUCAGGAAGCCUUGAGGUGUGUCCGAGCCCACGCAUCAUCCCCCCAUCCCCAACCUGUGCGGAGAAGGAGUUACCUUGGAAGAGUGGGCAGGGAGACCUGGCUGUGUAUGUGUCUUCCGAAACAACCAAGAUCGUGCCUGUGGACAUGCAGACGGGCUGGAACCAGAGCAUCUCGUCCCUGGAGAGCCUGGCAUCCCCUCCCUGUACCCAGCCCCCGACGCUAACCCGCUUACCUCCCCACCCUCUGCUCACCGAAGAGCCCCAGGUUCCUCCUGACCCGCCCUCUGACCCCCGCUCUAGCUUUGCCUUCCCCCCAAGCCUGGCCAAGGCCGGCCGUUCUCGCAGCGAGAGCAGCGCCGACAUCCCUCAGCAGCAGGAGCUGCAGCCCCUCAUGGGCCACAAGGACCACACUCACCUUAGCCCGGGCACUGCCAACUCCCACUGGUGCAUCCAGCUCAACAGAGGAGGCAGGCUGUAGCCCAGGGCCGCAGGGAGGAGCAGGAUGUGGAGCCCCUGCAGGGAGUGCCCCUCAGCACGGGCAGGGGAGCCUACCCAGCCUGGUAUGGGGCUAGGAAGGCCUGGACUGAAGCGGUAGCGGCCUCCUGGGGACUGGUCAGAAGGGUUUCCUGGGCUGGUCCUCACGGGGACCCUUCUUACCGCUCUCCCCGCUCUUAGCCCCUCCCACUUUCCAUUUCGAAAAAUGACUCAGGAUCCAGUCCAGAGUUCUAGGGACAGGCCCGCAAGCUGCCCUCCCUUCCCUGGGGCGUCUUCCUGGACUUACUGUUGGCAGCUGUUCCUCCCCACAGAGCAUCACCCCUCAGUGGACACUGGUCCUCCCUGACCCUCUCCAGCACCAGGUCAGGAUCAGCUCAUUGGCAGUGAGGCUUUAUGAGGGGCUGGUCCUCAGAGUGACCGGGCUAGGACGGAGGGCAGGCUCAGUCAGUUCCGCUGACUUGUUGGGUCAGCCACCCAAGUACCACAUCUUGCUUUAGCCCUUUCCCCUUGCUUCCAGUUAUUGAGGUAAUGGUGACUCUUUUUCUAGAACCUAGGCGCUGGGCCAGAGCUGCUUCAUAGCCAGUCUACUGCACUAAGUCUAAAUCUGGAACUUUCUGAGGCUUGGAUCUGAGAUUUUUAGAGUCUCUGGGCCCAUCACCACCUCAGAAUUUUCCCAAAGGGAGAAGGAGCCCAGUAUCCCAGGGUCACUGCACCCCGGCAGAGCUGGGGUGCUGGCUGCAGUGUCUGGGGGCAGCUGGGUAACAGGUGGCUUUCCUGGGGUUAGCCCCCGACCUGUGUUUUGUACCUUAAACCCAAGAUACAUUAAACAUGUCUC